AUGUGGAGCAUCGUGGGUUAUACGUUGCUGUUUACCGUUGCUCAUGCCAAAUUCGUGAUGGAGUUUAACAAGGUGUUUAAGCCGUGCCCUCGCUUUGCAAGUAAGCCUUUUGCGAUCGAUACGUCGAAGAUGCAGAUCUUUCUCUCGGACGACGACGAACUGACACUGAACGGAGAGCUUGUUUUCGUCAACGAUUUGGUUGCACCGGUCGGGCUUGUGUUCUACACGCAAAAGCUAGAGCACGGCGAAUGGAUGCCCAGGCCGUACGGAAAACAGGUCCUGGACAUGUGUGCCGUCAUUACCUCCCCGAUGGAACUCUGGUACAGCAUUACGCGUCACAUGAACCAAACUCGCUGCCCGUUCCGGAAAGGUCAUGUGGAACGCUUCGAUAUGGUUAGCCUGGGAACGUUCGGUUUAGACGAUUUUAUGGAGCAAAUGGUGGGCGACUGGAAAAUCUUCGCCGAGUUGACGGUCCGUUCCCCGCUGUUGAUGGAUGUUUCGUGUGCAAUGUGUGAAGUGUCAGUGAUAGAACACUAA